GUUUUUUCGGCUCCUUCUUCGCUUGCAGGAGAGCGGGAGGACUGAGGCUGGAGGCGGACUGGGGGAUGCCUGGAAGGGGUGAAGCCGAAUCUAGAACAUUGUAAAACAUGGCCACAGUAUUCCAUCGGAACAAUAUCAUGGAGCAAUCACCCCAUAUGAAAACGGAGGGGCAAAGCACCACAGCAGGGGAGGCACCAGAGGGGAGAGCAAAAUCUCUUCACCUCCUCCAGGACGGGAGCAUCGGGAAAUUCCUUCAGAGGAGAUCAGGAGUUCAGGCGCAUCAGGAAGCAGGGGAUGGUUCCCUUUCCCUUGCGCAGUGGGAAGCCCAGUGGCAGGAGUUCCUCAGGACAAUGGAAAACCCUCACUCUGGAUGGGGAAGCCCACAUUUGUCGGGUAAGCCAUCACACUGGGAGGAUGCCAAGGCCUUCCUGGCCUCCUUCGAGCAAGUAGCUGAAGCCUGUCAGUGGCCCCAGGAAGAGUGGGUGACCCGACUCCUGCCAGCCCUCAGCGGAGAAGCCCAAGAGGCCUUUAACAGUCUGCAUCUCAGAGACAGAGAGGAUUAUGGGAAGGUGAAGGCAGCCAUCUUGCGAGCCGAUGCCAUGAGCCAAGAGAAGCAGCGCCAGCAUUUCAGGCAUUAUUGUUACCAGGAGGCCGAGGGGCCGCGGGGGGCUUACAGCCAACUCCAGGAAAUGUGCCGGGGGUGGCUGAGAAUGGAGAAGCACAGCAAGGAGCAGAUUCUGGAGCUCUUGAUCCUUGAGCAGCUGCUGAACAUCCUACCCCCAGAGAUCCAGAGCUGGGUGAGGGAAAACGGUCCUGAGAAUUGCUCCCAGGCAGUGGCCCUGGCCGAGGAGGUCCUCUUAAGGCAGGAGAAGCAGGUGCUCUUGGAGGAUGCAUCUGGGAGACAAGAUCUACCUGAGAGCAAGCAGAGGCAGGUGUUGAUGGGCGUCAAGGAAGAAGAGGACAGAGAGACCAGCCUGCUGGCAGAAAAUAUAGCGGGGUCAGCCAGGGAAUUCCAGUGGUUCUCAGUGGAAAAAACCAAGAGCAAAGAAGCUGAAGAAGUCUUUGGGGAUCAAGACAGACCAGAGAGGCAGGAGGGAAGUCAUGCAGAAAAGAUAAGGGAAAAACUCAAAGGAGAGGGCUUGAAUGAAAUCUCAGUCCAAGAAGAAAGCUCAGCCCAAGACAGAAAGAACAAAGUCCUCUGUGAUAACCAGAGGAGCCAGUGCUGGAAAAAUGAAAAUGAAACUGUGGCAUUUGGAAGCACCUUCAGUCAGAGCAUGAAUGUUAUUUUCCAGGAAAAAGUUGACUCAGAAGAGAACGUGUAUAAUUACUUGGAGUGUGAAAAUACCCUUCCUUCCCAGCAAAGAUUUCAGUCAGGGGUUGAUCAGGAGAAUGAGGAGGACAAGGAACAGCAUCAGGUAUCACCAGACGAAGCCAAGAACGAAGAGCUGACAGGAAGUUUCAUGACUCUCAGUGGACCCAAGAAGCAGAAAGGAAGCCAGAUGGUGGAGAAGGGGGAUGAACCCAUUGCUUGCCAAGGAGGGAAUUUACAUGAAGAAAUUCACAUGUAUGAAUGCUUGGAGUGUGGAAUGAACUUUUCAGUUCAAGCCCAUUAUAAUAUCCAUUUAGAAAAGCACAGUGGAAGGAAGACCCAUCAAUACUCAGAGGGGGAAAGGAGCUUCAUUCGCACAUCAGAGCUCCUUAGACAUGAAAGAAUCCAUACAGGAGAGAAACCAUAUAGCUGCUCAGACUGUGGGAAGAGCUUCUUACAGAAAGCAAACCUUAUUCAGCAUCAAAAGAUUCAUUCAGAAGAGAAGCCAUCGAUCUGUUCAGAGGCAGGAAAUACUUUCUCUGAUGGAAAAAAGGCCGCUGUACACUUUCCCAAGCGUAUUGUGGUAAAGCCACAUAAAUGUUUUCCAUGUGGAAAGUGUUUCAGAUACAAAUCAGAGCUCCUUGCACACCAAAGAAUCCACACAGGUGAGAAACGUUUUGAAUGCUCCGAGUGUAGGAGGGACUUCAACUGGAGUAGUGACCUUCAACGGCAUCUAAGAACCCACACUGGCGAGAAACCUUUUGAAUGCUCAGAGUGUGGAAAGAAAUUCAGUCAGAGUUACUGUCUUCAGCAGCAUCAAAGAACCCAUGCAGGUGAGAAACCAUUUGAAUGUUCCGAGUGUGGAAAGAAAUUCAGUCAGAAUUCCCAUCUUCAACAGCAUCUAAGAAUCCACAAAGAUAACAAAGCUUUUCAGUGCUCCGAGUGUGGCAAGAACUUCAACUGGAGUGGUGAUCUUCAGCGGCAUCUAAGAACCCAUAGAGGGGAGAAAUUUGAAUGCUCCAUUUGUGGAAAGAAAUUCAGUCAGAGUUGCUAUCUUCCACGGCAUCGAAGAACCCACACAGGCGAGAAACCUUUUGAAUGCUCAGAGUGUGGAAAGAACUUCAAAUGGAGUCGUGAUCUUCAGCGGCAUCUAAAAACCCACUGAGUGGAGGAACCGUUUGAAUGCUCCAACUGCUGAAGGAAAUUCAGUCAGAAAUCUGUCUUCUAACAGCAUCAAAGAAUACACAGAAGGGGAAACCAUGUAGCUACUUAAGCUAUGACUUGAGCUUGUCUCGUAUUUUUUAACUUAAAGAUCAUAGAGUUCACACAGAUUUGAAACCAUAUAAAUUCUUGUAAAGAUUUUCCAUCUGCCCAGAAACCUUACUGUGUAACCAUAAAAGAGAAAGAAAAAUCAAAUUGGGGAGAAAGUGUAUUAAUGCUUGGAUUGUGGGAAGAGCUUUAACCAUAAUUGAAGCCUCAAACACAUAUCGGGGGGAGAAAGCAAGGAAGUGCUGUCAGGGUUACAGGAACUUCAAAGCUAGCUCUGCCCUCUUUAACCAUCAAGGAAUCCACACAGGGAGAAAAUUCAUAAAUGUUCAAUGCAACGCAAGACCAUGAAGCAGAGAUCAGACCUUCAUGAUCUCCAGAGAAUCCACAGAAGGGUACAGUGUUCCCUAGAACUACCCUAUAGUUGGGUACAGUGAGGCUCCUCUUUCCCAGGCAUCGAAAGUUGAAAAAGUUCUUAGGGCCUUUUUAGUGGUUGCCCUUCUCUGUGAAAUUUGCUGCUUAAGAACAUCUGCCAACCUAACUCUUGCUGAAAUUUGGAAAACUGGCAAAACAUUUAUAUUUUCCAUUUUUUUUAUUGAAAAUAAUUCUUCCAGACAGCAAAAAACCCUUCCAACAACAGAUACCUACCAAAAAGACUGGACCUUUGUUGAACAGGCUGAGAAAAUUCUCUUCAUUUCUCUAGUUUAAUUUGAAAAGAUAUGUAGCUGAGGGUUGCUAAUGGGCCUGAGAGGGGGGAUAUCCUAUCCCUUUCAUACAGGCUUAGUGUGUGGAAAUGGAAAGGGGAAGUUUUCCUGGCCUUGGAGGUAAAUGACAUCACUUCAAGCCUCUGUUAAAGGGACAGGACUUUUUUUCUCUCCAAGCAGUUGGCGAACCCUUCAUUGGGUGUUUCUUUCUUUAUCAAUCUAAGAAAACAAAAUGCAGCUAAGGAAGGGUUAUAUUGAGGCAAUUAAUAUUUUUAUGUAAUUCCAGAUUGUAUGAUUUCUUCUGUAUGCUUUCUGGGAUUUUUAUGAG